UUCAUUCAUCGCCUUAUUCCUUAUUAACAAGUUUCAAACAUGUAUAAAGUGGCAAGCGCAUCGGAGUACUUGGUGAUCACCGGAAUUGGAAUCGACGACGUAAAACUCGUGAAAAAGGCAUGGAUUUUCCCUGGUCAGUCGUGCACCCUCUUCGACGUGUCUCCGGUCAACUACACCUUCGAAGUCCAAGCCAUGAGCGCCGAAAAGCUCCCCUUCGUCCUCCCAGCCGUCUUCACCAUCGGCCCGCGUGUGGACGACAUCGACAGUCUCAAACGCUACGCCAAGCUCAUCUCGCCUCACGACAAGCUCUCCCACCAUGUCAAGGAGCUCGUCCAAGGAGUCAUCGAGGGCGAGACUCGUGUCCUGGCGGCCUCAAUGACCAUGGAUCAGAUCUUCAGAGGCACAAAGGAUUUUAAACAAGAGGUGUUUGGGAAAGUUCAGCUCGAACUCAAUCAGUUCGGGCUUCUGAUCUACAACGCUAACGUGAAACAGCUCGUGGAUGUGCCCGGACACGAGUAUUUCUCUUAUUUAGGGCAAAAGACUCAGAUGGAAGCGGCGAACCAGGCCAAGGUUGACGUGGCGGAGGCGAGGAUGAAGGGAGAGAUUGGAUCGAAACUGAGGGAAGGUCAGACGCUUCAGAACGCGGCGAAAAUCGACGCCGAGACGAAGAUUUUAUCGACGCAGAGGCAAGGAGAAGGGAAGAAGGAGGAGAUUAAGGUUAGGAGUGAGGUGAAGGUGUAUGAGAAUGAGAGGGAGGCUGAGGUGGCGGAGGCCAAUGCUGAGCUGGCCAUGAAAAAGGCCAGCUGGACUAAGGAUGCACGCGUGGCUGAGGUCGAGGCCACCAAGGCGGUGGCACUCAGGGACGCCGAGCUGCAGAGAGAGGUUGAGAGAAUGAACGCUUUGACAAUGACUGAGAAGCUCAAGGCCGAGUUCCUUAGCAAAGCUAGCGUUGACUAUGAGACUAAGGUGCAAGAAGCCAAUUGGGGGCUGUAUAAGAAGCAAAAAGAAGCAGAAGCAAUUCUUUAUGGAAAGGAGAAAGAGGCGUCGGCGAAAAUGGCGAUAGCCGAAGCCGACUUCUACGCUAAGAAGAAAGAGGCAGAGGGACUCAUUGCUCUGGGCCAAGCCCAAGGCACAUAUCUACGCACUCUUCUCGACUCUCUUGGAGGCAACUACGGCGCUUUGAGGGACUACCUCAUGAUUAGCGGCGGCAUGUUUCAAGACAUUGCGAGGAUUAAUGCUGACGCCGUUCGAGGCCUUCAACCCAAGAUCAGUAUCUGGACUAACGGUAACGGCGGAGAUGAUACGGCCGGCGCUUCUGGGUCUUCUUCUAAUGUAGCUAUGAAAGAGGUUGCUGGAGUUUAUCGAAUGUUGCCGCCGUUGUUUAAGACGGUUCAAGAACAGACUGGAAUGCUGCCACCGCCUUGGAUGGGAGCCUUGUCCAACGAUUCUUCCCAAUCUUAAUCAGAUCAUUAUUUAGUGGCAUUAGACAAUUUAUAUGGAUAGUUUUCAGGAUAGUUUUCUUUUAUGGGCAUUAUGUUUUUCAUAUC